ACGGCGUCACAUUGUUAAUGCUUUUAUUAAUGUCUGCGCUUCUAGCGAAACAAUAAUUUAGUGCGCGACCCAAAAAUUAGUGUACAAUUUGUUUUAUAAAAGCAAUAGCUGUUGCCUCCGCCGUGUUGAGUUAGAUAUGCCAACAUGGCGCACAAACGUUUGAAAGCAGCGGACAUGGAAAUCAAUUACAAAUUCGCAUGUCGCUGUUGCCUCAAAUCCGAGGCGGAAUUCUUCAAGCUGGACUCUCUCAUCGACUGUGGCAACGAUGAUGCCAAUGACAAUGACAAUGAUGCAUCGUCCACAACAAAAUUGCCCCUGUUGCGUUUACUGCUCUUCUGCAUGCGCACCGAAAAUCUACCAGAGCUGCCGCAAUACAUUUGCGUGGAAUGCCGAAAAAGUUUACAAAUUGCCUACUAUUUCAUAAAGAAUGGUUUGCGUGCCCACGAAAUACUGUGUCGCAAACUGUGUCCGAGCAAGCUGCAAACCAAACCGCGCAUGAACGGACAACAUUUAGCCCUAAGGAUCGAGGCAAAAGCUGUCAGAGCGUUCCAGGACACGCACAGGGAGAAACCCCUAAAAGGCAAAAUAUGCGGUGAGGUUAUCCACAAUCGCUUAGAGCUGAAACAGCAUCUACGAACGCAUUCAGAGUCUCGACACCAGUGUAAAUUGUGCAACUUUGUAACGCUUAAGCAUCGCCAGCUGCUGGAGCACUAUCGCAAAUCGCAUGGCUUGACAACGGCCCAAAUUGAGCAUCAGUUGAAAAUACGAAGAUCGCUGCAGGUGGCUGCCAGUACAACAACAAAAGCUACAACAGCUGCAUCUACAGAAACGCCUGCCGCUGCUGCUGCUGCAGAUGAUGAUGGUCAGGUGAAGGUGUGCACAAUGGAGGACAUGGAGCUGCUGAUACCGACAGUGUUGACGCCCGAGGAUUUCACGCAUCCACAACUAGAUGCGGAUCAAUUGCGUGACAUUGAACAGCAAUUGACAAGCAGCUCGCUGGGAUCGGCCAACACCACAGCUGCUUCCACGGAACCAGUGACGGCAAAUGCCCGCGGAAGCAGUGCCAAUAUGAGCAUAGGUGCAGAAUUUCUGGUCAUGCCCGAUGGCUCGUUGCAGCAGGUGAAUGAUGCUGGCGUUGUCUUCGAAUAUAUUGAUGAUAGUAAAAAUGCGGCCAGCAGAGCAACAACAACAAACACAACGACCAAUGUGACGCUGGAGAGCCUGUUGAGUGACUCGAAAACCGAUUUAAUCUAUGAUGCAAUGGACAUUGAUCUGAGUCCUAUGGUUGUCGAUAAUGCGCUGCCACAGAUAACAGUCAAACCCAAGGGGCGACCAGCGCCAGCGCCAGCGUCAACUGGUGCCCUGAAACACAAAUGCAAGCUGUGUCCCAAAGCAUUUCCGACGGUGGCCCGCCUCAAAUCUCACCAGCUAACGCAUAGCCAUUUACCUAAAUUCUAUUGUGAUCAGUGCACAUUUUAUUCUCUACGCAGCGCCGAUCUCAUCCAGCAUUAUACGAGCGAGCAUAAUAUAUGCGUUAGCGAUACGAAAGCUAGUCAAGUGGAGAAAUCACCAAUGAUGACGGCAAUGUUAACGGAUCGCAAUCGCAUCUUUUCCUGCGAUAUGUGUCUGUUUGAGACGCCGAGCGGCGGUCAGCUGCGCUUGCAUUACAGUGAUAAGCAUCUCAUUGUGCCCAGUGAAGUACAGCUGCGUCCCAGCUGGAUCAGGGAUCAGCAGGAUGGCAAUGCGAAGCUGAAAAGUGGCGAUGCCAACACACAACCAGACAUUCCACUGGGCAUUAAAUAUCCAACCAUGACGCAGUGUGCAGCAGCCACAAUGGCAACAACGACGGCGAAAACAACAAGCAUGGUGCAACAGCCGCAGGCAAUAACAACAACAACAACGGCAGUGACUUCCACGGGUGGUAUCAAUGUUGUUGUCGAUGCCAGCUCAUUGUUCUAUGCAGCAACUGCUGCUGAAAAUGUAGGAACAACGGCGGCAACAACGACUGCGACCACGGGUGCAACAGCAACAACAACAACGGACGCAACAGCUACAAAUUCAAGCACACUUGCAAUAUUUCCAGAACAAUGCCUGGCAACAACAACAACAGCAAAAGCAGCAAUAACAAAUCAACAGGAGGCAAGCAAUCAGGCAGUGACAACAUCAACAAGAACAACAAAUCCCAAUACUAGCACAUUUGGUGAUAUGCAAGAGUUUAUAGAUAAUACGGAUGUGGCAGCCAUAUGCACAAUACCCGCCGACGAUAUGCCUGUGGAUGGCGAUGAUAUCGUCAUCGAUAAUAAUAAUAUUAGUUUGGAUUUUGAUGCCGAAAAUCUAUUUGAGGAAUUUGAAGAUGUCGAAGUUGGCGAAGAGGUUGACGAUGACGACGCUGAGGAGGAUGACGAGGAUGAGGAUGAUGCGGAGAAUGAUGAUGAGAAUGAUAACAAUGAUGCGGCUGCCGAUCAAAAUCUCUUGCUAACCAGCGACGAUGACGAUGUGGAUGACUUUGACGACGAACAAUCGAAGCAUCUGCAGAAACCCUAUUGCAUCUUUUGCAACAAAAAGUUUACCAGCCAAUACAAGUUUGAGAAUCAUAUGUUUGUGCAUCGCGGUUUGGCCCCCUAUCGCUGCGAGCUGUGCACCAAUCUGUACAAUAUGAAACGUCUGCUCAUACGACACUAUAAAACAGUUCACAAAAAAAUGCCCACGCGAGACAUGGUGCAGGCCAAAGGCGACAAGGUAGCCGUACCGUGUACGGCUAUCGAAAAGAUAAAUAUAAAUGCGGACAAAAAUCCUUUGCUGAUGUGCGCGAAGUGUCCCUUUGAAUGUGAGCUGGAUGUGGAUAUGCGCAAGCAUUUAAAUGCCCAUCAUGGCAUCAAUGAUGGCGUUUCCAUUCAUGCCAACGAAGUGUUUAUCAUACGCAAACUGCCCUAUGAGUGUCCACGCUGCAUUCGUUCAUUUGCGGCAAAGCGAACGUUGACACGCCACUUGCAGCGUAGCCAUUUGGUGGAUACAAUCAUUGAGAUGCAGGCGCUUCAAUUGACAACCAGUUCGGCGGCAACGACAACCACAGCAACGACAACAACCACAUUGCCAAACAAUGCCAGCGAUGGUAAUAAGGCCAAAUCAAAUGCGGUUGUGGAGUCGUCCAAUAAUGGCAAUAUCGAUGUCGAUGUCGAUCUUGGCGAUGGCGGCGAUGGAAAAUGCGAAGAGCAAGCAUUGGCCAAGGAUACAGGAUCAGAAAUGGAAAACUCCGACACAGAAAUGGAUACAAAGGGUUCACUAAAAGAAGUUAUAAAUGCGGCAGCAACAACAGACGUAAGAGAAGCACCAACUGUAGCAGAAGCAAAAACAACCACUGCCACUGUAAAAACAGAUGCUUCUCCCACAACAACAACAACCACAACAGAUUUUACACCAACAACACAACAGUCUGCAGUGUCAACGCUUUUUCCAACUUUUGACUUUGAUCUUGACUUCAUUGGCAAUGUGGCACAUGCCACAACGCUCAAGAACAACAACGAUGAUAGCUUCAAUGUGGCAUCUCUGCCUCCGCCCCUACUGCUAAAUGGCAGCGAUAAAUUGCUGACUGCCGCGCUGGAGCCGUCGCCCGUUAAGGAUUUGCGUCCACGUCUGCCCCGUACCCCCAUCUAUGUGUGCAAGCAAUGCAAUCAAACGUUCGACGAGCUGCCCAAGCUGUUGCAGCACGAGCUGCAGCAACAUUCCAGUGGCACGAAGUCCUCGCUACGCAGCAGCUACCAGCAUCAGUGCAAGAUCUGUAAUGCCUCCUAUCGCACUGUGACCCUGCUGAAUUAUCAUAUGAAGCAACAUGCGCAGGUCAAAGUGCCAUGCAAGGAGUUUCAGGUUAGCACGGAAGUGGAGCCCGAUCAUGUUCAGUCCGAUCAUCGUGGCAAUAGUGGUCCACUCAAGUGUGGCAUCGACGGCUGCCGGAAGACCUUCAAUUACAAGCAUCAUUUAAAGCGACAUCAGACCGCAUCACAUACGCCUGUUCAAUAUAUAUGUCCCGAGUGCGGACGCGAUAUGCUGACCAGUCUGUAUCUGAGGAAUCACAUGUCCAUGCACCGGGGCACCCACUCCUACAAAUGCCCCAAGUGCGUGCGUACCUAUAUGCGCCGUAAUCCUUUCCGUCGACAUGCGUUACGGGAGCACAAAUGGGAAUUGACGGAUGCGGAAAUUGAUAAAAUAUAUUGUGAAAAUGAUUCAACGCCAUCAAUAAUAUUGCGCGAUGUGCGGUGAUCGGAGCCAUUUGACGACGCCUCAAGUUGAACAGAGGCAUUAAUUAUUAAUGUACAAAGUUAGCUUUAUAGUUAAACAUUUUCUUUCCCUCAACUCAACUCGGAUUGUAUCAUUGUUAAGUUAUAAAUGCGAAGCACUAAUCACGGCACAUAUUAUUUAUAUCUCUAUCCUUAAGCACACCUAUUGCAAUAUCAUAUUUAAUUUUUGUUUUCAUUGUACCUUUGCAACAGGGGUAUAUUUAUUAUGUUCCACAAGCAUAUUAUUUCAUAUUCAGUUUUUAGUCUCCAAGAUUUUCAGUUAGGUAGCUAGAAAUUAGACGCGAAUUUCAUCCAGUACAUGCAUUAUUACUUAAACACAUAUUAUGUUAGCAGUAUAAAAAAACAUAGACAAUCUUGAAUGUUGCUAAUAUUGAUGUAUAUAUUGAUGCACUAAGGAAUUCACUUAUCACUAAACAAAAGUUUUAACAAUUUGUUCUAAAACACCAGUAAUUGUUAAACAAAAUAACAACAAAAAUAGUGUAAAUUAAAGCCCAUAUACUUAUGUAACGAC